AGAAGUGUAUACGAAAAAACUUUCAUAGUGUUUGUUUGAGAUUUUGACCUUCAUUGCGGAAUCCUAAGCGGAAUGUGUUACAUCAUAAGUCUGGCUCCACGAGGGUGAAUUCUGUUUUUGAUCUAAUAUUUUUGAUAUGUGGAAUUUUAUCGUAAUCAUCAACAAAAAAGGCUCAACUCUUCUUGAUUCAACUGUGAACGUAGUUUCUGUUAGAAGUCAUCUUGGCUGCAAAACAAUUACUUGAAGAGUAGCUGCCUUCAAGAUAAGCUUUUUUUCCCUUCAGAUGGUUUCUUGUCAAACAUCAUGAGACUUUUCAUCGGAUUUCUACUGGUCUUAUCAUUGGCUUUCUUAAUAUCUUGUCGAUAUGCAUCUUGGGAUAAGAAGUUUUUUCUGCAGAGGCCAUUCGAAGCAGAAAAUGAAGUUUUAUUGAUAGUUACAAUGUCCAGAGGAAGGGAACAGGAAGUAUUAAACUGUGAAAUAGUAACAAAUGAGAAAAUUAUGAAAGAUGUUUUAAAUUUAUCACGAAAUCAUACAAUCAAGAGACCAGGUUCGGAAGAUAUGCAGGACCUUCUUGAAGAUUGUGCGAAAUUUAAUGUUCGAACGAAACGCAGCGCUGAUGAAGGAACUUAUUCUGAAAACGAUAGACGUAACACUACUAACGAUUCUCGCACUGGAAAUAACGGAAGAAAUAACUCGGGCGAAUCUCGCACAACAACUAACAGACAAAACAUUUCCAGUCAAACUCGCCCUGGAAAUGAAAACAAUACCGAUGAAUAUCGCUCUGUAAUUAAUAGACAAAACAAUUCUAAUGAAUCUUCCACUAGAAAUAGCAGAAGAAACAAUACCAGCGAAUCCAACACAACAGUUAACAGAAACUAUAUUUCCAACGAAUCUCCCAAUGGAACUAGUGGCAAAAACAAUCGUAACAAAUCCCACAGUAUGACCAACACACCAAACAAUUUCAAUGAACCUUUCAAUGACAAUAGAGGAAGAAACCAAACCAACGAACCUCGCACCGGAGCAAAUAAACAAAAUAAUUCCAAGGAUUAUCUUCCUACAAAAGAUGAACGAAGAAAUCACAAUGAAACCCGCUCUAGGAACAGCAGAAUAAAUAAUACCAGCGACAAGGAAAAUGAAUCGGAUGCUGACAGAUCAAAUGACAGUAAGAAUAAUGCAACUCUAAAUAAAUCUGCAGAGGAUUCUGGGAUUGACGUAGCAACUUCUGCCAAAGACACAGAAGAUCCUUACAACACCAUAACGACCACAGAAGGAUAUAACGGAUGGCCCGUCAUCUUUCCAGGCACAAAAUGGUGUGGAGCUGGAGAUUUAGCCAAAGAUUACGAUGAUUUAGGCAUGAACGAAGACUCUGAUCGAUGUUGCCGAGCUCAUGAUCUGUGUAAUGACACACUAGCACCAGGAGCUACAAAAAAUAAUUUGACAAACACUUCACCUUUUACUAAAUUGAGCUGUAAGUGUGAUGAAGACUUUUACAACUGCCUGGAUAGUGUUAAUAGCUUCACGUCUAAUACAAUUGGGAAUAUGUAUUUCAACAUACUAAGAAGAGAAUGUUACCAAGCAGAUUAUCCUCUUACUUCAAAAUGCAAAACAUACAGAACAUUUUUCAAGCUCUCGUGCAAAGAAUAUGAGAGAGACACGAGCGCUCCCAUGGUUUAUCAGUGGGUAUCCGCUAAAAGAUACAAGAAGAUACCAUUGCCAGGACCUCUCAGCAUAUCUUUGCCUUUUAAGUAGAAGCUUUCAAAGCAAAGGAUGAAAGGAUAUAUGAACCUUUAGGGUUCUUCUUGCAAUAUAUUUAUGGCCAUGCAACUCAUAUGCAUGAUGAACAAGUUAUGUAAAUAUGACAUAUGUUAUUAAUGUAAAUUAUCUGUUGUUAAGCACUUUUUGUCUAAAAUUAAAAAUAAUGCACUUAUCUG